AUGCAUUCAUUCAUAUCGAACGCUCCCUACCUCUUCGCCCCUGUUUCGGCACCACCCCGAUUGGAGCGACCUCCUCGACAGCCGACCUACGACAUUUGCACCCGUCGCAUUAUAGCGACAGAUGCUUGCUUCUACUUGGUUCCCGCAGCCGCCGCCUUCAUGUUUCUUUCUUCCUUAUCACUUCGUCGUCUUAAGCGCGAGGAGGAGUAA